AUGCUUCCUUUCGCGCAGCCAACGUCUGUCUUUCAGACGGAAAAAUGUUCGUUCUCCUACGGGACUACGGGGCAUCUGGACCUUGACCGGCCUCCGACUAUCGAGACCACAGCCACAGCAGGCUCUGGCAGCAAGGUCAAGAAGCCAUGGUCAAAUUUCCAGGAUCUUGAUUACGUCUUUGAAGUAGAUCUGGUGCUACCAAAAGAAUGCGCAGAAGAAGCUCAAAAGAGGCUAGUAGCCGCCCGUCCUUCGUAUUGUUUUAUGCGCAUGGUCAUGACAGUUGGCCAAAUUCUCGAGGGUGAUUUUUUCAAGAAUUACAUCAAAGCAGGGAACGUUCAUAUUCUAUCUCAAGGCUAUGUCAACAAGGACGAUGUCUUUGCUUUCAGAAAUGGACUCUUGACCAUGUUCCUCGAUAGAGAAUCUUAUGAGCGGACAGGCUUAGUGGGCCGGCCACAUGGUGCCAAGGGUGGCCGAGGACUGCGGUCUCGUUGGGUACUAGAGUUUGAUCUCAAGGCCGCGUCCAUGUGGCCCGGCAAGAACGGAUUUGACCGACUUAUAUAUGCCUGCAACCACGUGUUCGUCAAACCGCUCACAUGGCUGUUCCACAGCUCUUUAGAUUCCCCGAGUCCGGAUCCCCUAACCCCAUAUUGUCCCACGGUGUGCACUGUUAUACCCACCAUAGCAACAUACACCAAUGUCAAGUUGCCACCUCUCGAACGCCCUGCCAGCCUUAUCGCCAACGAAAAUAGCCACAAUUCGGCGAUUGAGGCCGAAGAGGCUGUUUUUGAGCUGUAUGAAUGGAUAUCCCUUGUGCGCCUCGGCAGUCCCCGUGUCCGAGCCAACGACAGUAUUGACCCGUACCUGAGCCGCUAUGAGGUACCCGGCACCAUAGCAGAUGAGGCUACUGCUGGAGAUGUGUGCACGAUCAGCUGGCGCGGUUUUUUUUCACCAUCAUGGGUCUGCCACACCCUUCUUGAUGCGAUGCUCGCCUUUCCUUCAGCCAAGUCGUGGUUUGCUAUGUCCGCAUCAGGUAUUCCAAGCUCCAAAAACAUCGCAAAUGAGGGAGCCGAGUGUACACUGUUCAAGCCUCAGAAAGCCUCCGGUGACUUUCUGCUUUGGGCAAUCCAUGGUCAUGAAUAA